AUGGCAGUUUCCCCCAACUCCUGCCUCUUGGCUUAUCUGCUCACCUUCAUGGUCCUGCAGCUGCCCACGCUGGAUUCAGCUCCCUUCGACGUGAUUGCACCUCAGGAGGCAGUGCUGGCCCUACUGGGUUCAGAUGUCGAGCUGACCUGUCGCUUCUCCCCAAACGCGAGCGCGGAGCACAUGGAGGAGCUGCGCUGGUUUCGACAGACUAGGUCGCCGGCUGUGCUUCUUUAUCGGGCUGGUCAGGAGCAGGAGGACCAGCAGAUGACCGAGUACCAGGGAAGGGUGACGUUGGUGACCGAUGGGCUCCCGGACGGCCGCGCUACUCUGCGGAUCCGAGGUGUCAGGGUUUCGGACCAGGGGGAGUACCGGUGUUUUUUCAAAGACAAGGACUACUCCGAGGAGGCCUCUGCGCAUCUCAAAGUGACUGCGCUGGGCUCUGAUCCGCACAUCAGUCUGGGAGUUAAGGAGAAUGGUCAGAUCCAGCUGAGAUGCACCUCCUCAGGGUGGUUCCCAGAGCCAGAAGUGCAAUGGAGAACCCCCUCAGGAGACAGCCUUCCAUCCGCAGCAGAGUCCAGCAGUCGUGACGCGGAAGGCCUGUUCACUGUGGCAGCUUCGGUGAUCCUCACAGACAGUUCCGUAAAGAAUGUGUCCUGCUGCAUCCAGAAUCUCCUCCUGGGCCAGGAGAAGGAAGUAGAGAUCUCUGUACCAGCUCCCUUGGUGCCACGACUGACUCCUUGGAUAGCAGCUGUGGCUGUCGUCAUACUGACCCUAGGAUUUCUUACCAUUGGGUCCGUAUUUUUCACUUGGCGACUAUACAAGGAAAGAUCCAGAGAGCAGAAGAGUGAAUCUGGCUCUAAAGAGAGACUUCUGGAAGAACUCAGGUGUAAAAAGACAGCGCUGCAUGAAGUGGACGUGACCCUGGAUCCAGACACAGCGCACCCCCACCUCUUUCUGUAUGAGGAUUCAAAAUCAGUUCGCUUGGAAGAUUCACGUCAGAUCCUGCCUGAUAGACCAGAGAGAUUUGACUCCUGGCCCUGUGUGUUAGGCCGAGAGAUCUUCACUUCAGGGAGACAUUACUGGGAGGUGGAGGUGGGAGAUAGAACUGACUGGGCCGUUGGUGUGUGUAGAGAGAAUGUGGUGAAGAAAGGGUUUGACCCCAUGACCCCCGAGAAUGGGUUCUGGGCUGUGGAGUUAUAUGGAAACGGGUACUGGGCCCUGACCCCACUCAGGACCCCUCUCCCUUUAGCGGCCCCUCCUCGCCGGGUUGGGGUUUUCCUGGACUAUGAGUCAGGAGACAUUUCCUUCUACAACAUGAGCGAUGGAUCUCUUAUCUAUGCUUUCCCUAGCACCUCCUUCUCGGCCCCGCUACGUCCCUUCUUUUGCCUGUGGUCCUGUGGUAAAAAACCCCUGACCAUCUGUCCAACUGCCAAGGGGCCUGAGAAAAUCACAGUCAUUGCUAAUGUCCAGGAUACCGUGCCCUUGUCCCCACUGGGGGAAGGCUCUGCUUCUGGAGAAGCAGAUACUCUCCAUUCUAAACUGAUACCUUUCUCGCCUAGCCAAGUGGCACCUUAAUGACUGUAUCAACUCCACAACUUCCCCUUUUUUGUCUACUCCCGCAUGCUCUGAAGCAUCAGUUGCUCGCUUCCUGCAGUCCUGUCUCUUCCUGGUGGGCGGUGAUUAAUUCGCCUUGGGAAGAAGGGUAUGCUGAUGCUAGAGAGGGCAGGGAGAAAGGCUUUCCUAAUUUGUUUCCGCGCCAAUACUGGGGAGAUUGAGAGGUGAUUCCCAAACUGUUUCUAGUAGCCAUAUCCCUUCAGAUCAGAGCCUACAUAGGAGGGCUUGGUACGAUCGGUCACUGGAGGGCCCAAGAGGCAAUCAGGCUGGCCUGAAAGGGUGGCACCAACAUUUGGAAUAGGAGCAUGUGGAACAACAGAUUUUAGGCAAGGGCAAAACCAAAUAGGAUGCUGGGAAAGGAAGAUCUUAGGCUAAAAAUCCCAUAAAGAAAUUUAGAGAAGGCCUGGCAGGAGUGAAUGAAGUAAACUUGGUCCAGUUAGGUGCACACUUCCUGUCCUAGGGUUUUUCAGGACUAUAUCUCAAAAUUUUUUAUUAGUUAAAUUUUUUGACAGCUUCAUACAUGCAUAUAAUACAUUCUAAUUACUCUCACACUUCUCUAUUCUCUCUUGUUUCCCUCCUCUCCCCCUCAGCAAUAUCUCUUCUUGCUUCAAAUCUGACACUGAGUUUAAGUCAGGGAUAUAAUGAGGGCUCUCAUGGGAACAUGGAUUCGGCGCUCUCCACUGAAGUUUGCUGGGCUCAAGAGGAGAGGCACAACUGAACGCAAUGAUUUUCCUCUCCCACAUCUGCCAGCUUCCAGUAGUUCAGCAGGGAAGGGUAGGACCCCUAUCGUGGCCAACUGUUGACAGAGCCAGCUUUGUGCAGGUCUAGUUCAGGAAACUCCAGUACCUAUGAGGUCAUGAUUACAAGUGCCCCAAAGAGCACACUUCCCAGCUGUUUUCCCUGUCUGCUGGAUCUUAGGUUCUUUCAUCUUCUCUUUCAGGACACGUCUUGAACACGGUAUCUUACAUUUUCUAAGUCGUGUUCUAUAGGAUAGAGGAGGCUGGCCCUACUUGUAUGGAAGUAGAGCUGUGAGCAAGCCAGGCAGGGACCGGGAGGAGUGGGGAUGAGCAGGGCUAGAGAAAGAACUUGACAGGGUUAGAAUAGAGGAGGAUUUGAAUCAAGCCUGCCAGCUUAUUUGUGCAGCUGUCAGGCCCUGCUCUUCCUUCUGUGUCCUCCUCUUUUUCCCUCCCCUCAAGGUCAAUCCAA